ACUUAUUCCUUGAAGAAGGCGAAACCUUGAAAGAGUUCCGAGUCUCGUUGAUAACCUUAUUUUCUCUCCCAAAAGAAAAUAACCCCAAAACGCGCGCUUACAAUCGCUAGGGAUUUCGGGUUCAGUGGAAGAAGGAAAGAGCUCUGCACUCUCCCAAAACUAUCCUUCGGCGCUCUCUCUCUCUCUCUCUCUCUCUGUCUCUUCUAGGGUUUCUGAUUUCAGAGUCUUCCUCUGACCGUAGAGCUUGGGGAUGGCGACCGCUUCAGUUGCAUUUAAGUCUAGGGAGGACCAUCGGAAGCAAAUUGAAUUGGAAGAAGCGCGUAAAGCUGGGCUUGCACCUGCUGAGGUUGAUGAGGAUGGAAAAGAGAUCAACCCUCAUAUUCCCCAGUAUAUGUCAUCUGCACCUUGGUAUCUCAAUGCUGAAAGACCUAGUUUAAAACAUCAAAGGAAGUGGAAAUCAGAUCCGAAUUACACAAAAUCAUGGUAUGACAGAGGUGCAAAGAUUUACCAAGCUGACAAGUACAGGAAGGGUGCAUGUGAAAAUUGUGGAGCUAUGACACACGAUUCAAAGGCAUGCAUGGAUAGACCCCGGAAAGUGGGAGCAAAAUGGACGAACAAACACAUUGCCCCUGAUGAAAAAAUAGAGACGUUUGAGCUUGACUAUGAUGGUAAACGGGACCGGUGGAAUGGCUAUGAUGCAUCCACCUAUGCCUAUGUCAUUGAGAGAUAUGAAGCAAGAGAUGAAGCUCGAAGGAAAUACCUGAAAGACCAACAGCUUAAAAAACUUGAGGAGAAGAACAAUAACCAAAAUGAUGAGGCUGGGGUAAGCGAUGACGAUGAAGAAGAAGAUGGUCUAAGGGUAGAUGAAGCCAAGGUUGAUGAGAGCAAACAAAUGGACUUUGCAAAGGUUGAAAAGCGUGUACGGACAACAGGUGGUGGAAGCACUGGAACUGUGAGGAACUUGCGUAUUCGGGAGGACACAGCAAAAUAUCUUUUGAAUCUUGAUGUCAACUCUGCACAUUAUGAUCCCAAAACCCGGUCCAUGCGUGAAGAUCCUUUGCCCGAUGCAGAUCCUAAUGAGAAGUUCUAUGGGGGAGAUAAUCAACAUAGAGAUAGUGGUGAAGCUUUGGAAUUCAAGCAACUUAACAUCCAUGCUUGUGAAGCAUUUGACAAGGGACAAGACAUUCACAUGCAAGCAGCUCCAUCCCAAGCCGAGUUGCUUUAUAAGAAUUAUAAGGUCAUCAAGGAGAAAUUGAAAUUCCAAACGAAGGACACCAUCUUGGAGAAGUAUGGCAAUGCAGCUGCUGAAGAAGAACUUCCAAUGGAGCUUCUUCUAGGACAAAGUGAAAGACAGGUUGAAUAUGACCGUGCUGGAAGGAUUAUAAAGGGGCAGGAGAGGGCACUUCCUAGAAGCAAAUAUGAAGAAGAUGUUUACAUUAACAACCACACAUAUGUUUGGGGUUCGUGGUGGAAGGAUCAUCAGUGGGGUUACAAGUGCUGCAAGCAGAUGAUCCGAAACAGCUAUUGCACUGGUGCCGCUGGAAUAGAAGCUGCUGAGGCUGCUACAGAUCUUAUGAAGGCUAAUAUUGCUCGUAAGGAAGCUACUGAAGAUUUGCCUCCGCCAGUGGAGCCGAAAAGGCUUGCUACUUGGGGAACUGAUAUCCCUGAUGAUCUGGUUUUGGAUGACAAGUUACUUGCUGAGGCACUUAAAAAGGAGGACGAAAGGAGGAGAGAAGAGAAAGAUGAUAGAAAACGUAAAUACAACGUCAGAUAUAAUGAUGAGGUUACACAUGAGGAUAUGGAAGCAUAUAGGAUGAAGAAAGUCCAUCACGACGAUCCAAUGAAGGAUUUCUUACACUAAGGUCACGCAGGUUCUUUUCCUUUUCCUUUUCCUCCCUUGUUAGAAGACAUGGGUGUCGGUGAGACAAGAGAGGUAUUGUAAGAAAGACAUUUAGUAUGCGGAAUGAUUAUUCCAUUGGUAUAACACUGGAAUAAAACUCCGAAUAUGUAUGUCAAUAUUUGGUACAGUGGUGAAUGGAAUUAGUGUUGUUAAAUUUCUAAAAAACACCCUUAUUAUACAAUUCUAAUUAACAUUUUAUGUACUUUUUUUUUUUUACUAUUUUGUAAAAAAUAAAAAAUAAAAUUUUUGUCAAUUCA